GUUGAGUCUGUGAAGGUGUUUGAAACGGCUAACGCUUCAUAUCUGUUUCAGGGUAACCUGUGAAAAUGGUCCGCUACUCCCUUGACCCGGAAAACCCCACAAAAUCAUGCAAGGCUCGGGGAUCCAAUCUCAGGGUGCACUUCAAGAACACUCGUGAGACGGCUCAAGCUAUCAAGGGCAUGCACAUCCGCAAAGCCACUAAGUACCUGAAGGAUGUCACUCUGAAGAAGCAGUGUGUUCCUUUCCGUCGCUACAACGGUGGUGUCGGCAGGUGUGCCCAGGCCAAACAGUGGGACUGGACACAGGGACGUUGGCCAAAAAAGAGUGCUGACUUCCUCCUGCACAUGCUGAAAAAUGCUGAGAGUAACGCAGAACUCAAGGGUUUGGAUGUGGAUUCUUUAGUUAUCGAGCACAUUCAGGUGAAUAAGGCCCCCAAGAUGCGCAGACGAACCUAUCGUGCUCACGGCCGUAUCAACCCUUACAUGAGCUCCCCAUGUCACAUCGAGAUGAUUUUAACUGAAAAGGAGCAGAUUGUCCCCAAACCUGAAGAGGAGGUGGCUCAAAAGAAAAAGAUCUCCCAGAAGAAGCUGAAAAAGCAGAAACUUAUGGCUCGGGAGUAAAGUUUCGCAGAUGUACAGAAAUAAACUACCGUGUUCUAAAAA